UAUAGUUUUACUGUAAUCAAGGGAAGUAACUUUGCCCCACAAUGAAAUAAAUACAUUUUUUCGUCCUUUACUUUGUGUAAAAUGCAAGACCAUCAUUGCUUUUAUACUCCCUUUAUCUACUGUAUGCUGUUUUCUCCGGAAUCCUAUAUUUAUUUGCAUAACUUUCUAUAAAUUCACAAGUAUAGAUAUUAAUAGGUAUUGUGAGUAUUUUUCUGCUUUUAAAAGUUGAUCACAGCAAACAGAAGCUACCUUUCAAAUUUUGACAAACGUCACGAUUGCUUCUCAUUUUCAUCAUGCUACACUAAACUGCAAAUAAGAACAUCCUUGCAUUUGCAUUUAGUGUCUGGCAGUGAGCGGCUCAAUCUGCAGUCCUCAUCACUGGGAGUUGCAGAUAAACUAACAAGAAAAAUCUUAGUUUUUUAUAAGUAGUUGCUUUAAACCGAAGCUUUAUCCUUUCAAAUAAAGUCAAUUUUCAUAUAUAACUGCAAAUAAUAAUUGAAUCAUUUCUUUUUCUGAAGCAAUUAUUUAUAGAAACUACUUGCUAUUUUUUAUAAAGAAUUGGCAACAAAAUUAGUCCUUUGAAAAAUUAAGUAGCCUGAGAAAGUGUUCUGUUUUUCUGAAAAUAAUUUCGAUGAGAAAUCGUUUUUCCUUUGUCUUAUUUAUAACAAAUUAGCUUUCUUUGAAAAAGUAUCUGAUUAACAAAGCAACCUUGAAACAAUCUUUAACCGCAGAAUUCGCUAUAUAACAAUUAAUUGCUUAUUUAUCGUACAAUCACUGUACAUCCAUUUUCUGUUCAAAAUGUUAGGCUUUUUCUGUCCACUGUUUUUAAGGUAUCAAUGUUGGUCAGGACAUUAAAAAUACAUAUCUCUAAAUUUACUUUCAUUUUUUCGUCAAUAUAACUUGUAGUGAUAUACAUAAGGAUGUCAUAGUCAAAUUAGCAGCAUCGAAAAGAAAUAGAAAAGUUGGAUCUUAAAAUGAGUUUGUUAUUAUCUCAAGUAUGGAAAUCUUGUCUUCAACAGACCAAGAAGGAUACGUCGACGUUGUUUUUAUACUUAAGACGUGGUGUUUGCACAAGAAAUAUUAUGUCAUGCUGUUGCUUGGCAGCGAAUCGAAAGACAUGUGAUAAUAAUAGACAACCUAAGUUGGUCUUUAUUACCAGACAACUUCAUGUAUCCAAAACGAGACAUAACACAGAGAAAAAGUUUCAAACCAAAGUUUUAACAUUUAGCAAUCCCAUAAAAUAUAUUUCGUUGAAAAUUAAGUUAUUUUUAAUGCAGACCUAUUUCGACCGUGACUUUCGAGAAGAUCAAUUUAUUGCUGGAGCCAAACAGGCUAUUGUUUUUGUGUCCAAUCAUCUUUCAGAUGGUAACUUUACUGGUUUAAAUGAAGUCCUUACACCUGAGGGCAUGUCGGCCAGCCGUCAGCUGUAUUUUAAUGCCAAGAAGAGUUCAUCUUCAUUACGUGUUGAUGAGUCAGAUUUCGUGAAUAUUUCUAUGAAGGAUGUUGAUUUCGAAUAUGGCGAUGAAGGGCGUAAAUGGGCGUAUGUUCUAGUUGUAUGUAUCUGUACGGCCAAAGAAGCUGUGACAAAAACAUUUGGAAAUAUUGAUAUUAUAGCUACUCGCACUAGAAUACUAAAAUAUUCAUUUCGUCGCGAAUAUACUGCAGGUGUCGAAUCAUAUUGGCUAGUUGAUCGUCUAGAACAUGCUUAGAAAAAUGUAAAUUCGUAAUAUUUUUGUUAAAUACACACCGUAGGUUAAA